UCGACCCAGACCAACACGUUCUGAAGAAGUGUGCAUGCACACGAAAGCUCAUACCAAAAUAAAAACUUAGUUGGUCUUUAAGGUGCUACUGAAGGAAUUUUUUUAUUUUACUUCGACCCAGACCAACACGGCUACCUACCUGUAACCUUAGUCCGUCCUGGAAGUCCCUUUGACUUCCGAAAUGCUCAAAAACCAAGGCACAGCUUCUGAUUGGUGCAGCCCCAGAAACAAUAGCCGACAGCUGCAUCGAAUAUCCAACUUCCAAAAAACAUUCGAAAACCAGAACACACACUUCCGGGUUUUUGGCGUUUGGGAACCAAGGUACCACUGUAACUUGUGGGCGUUCAAUGAAACUGAAUGUUGGAAGAUUCAGGAUGGAUAAAAGGAAGUCCUUCACACAGUGCUAACAGGCAAUGAGAGAAAUUAAUGAUGGAAAAUAAUGAGUAUAAUUCUGUUCUUGUUUUUAUAUUCUAGUUUUCUAUGAGCAUAAUGAAUUUCAUGUUGUUCACCAGCAUCAUGUCACAAUCCCCCUUCAAAUAUGGCCAUCUUCAGGUUGGUCACAGAGUGAUUUGGGGGCCCUCAUAAUGUUUCCCCGCUCCUUUUUGGCUAAUGUGAUUUCUGGUGUGAGAUUUGUGUCCAUUUAUAGCUUUAUUUAAAAACACUUGUAUACAGUACUGUAUUUUCAUAAAUUUCAGAGUGGUUUACAUCAACAAUGACAUACAUACAAGAAAAAAACACAUAACAACUUAAAAUCAUAGAUCACCAGCUAACAAGUACAGAAGGUUUUUUUCUGAAUUGCCUGCAUAGGUCUGGUGGCAAAGAAAAGUUUCCAGCAAACCUUUCAGCAAACUUAGAAUGAAAGGUGCCUUCCGAAUCUCUAUGGCAGAACAUCCCCCAAGACUGGGCUGAUGACACCCAAGGCUGACUUUCUUGUUCUCGUCAAAGGAGCUUUGCCAACUCAGGGAACAGCCAGGGAUGUUCUUGCAGAUGAUCUCAGUGCCGGAGCUGGGAUAGAAGGUGUCAGGGGUGCCUGGGGUACCCUGGAGCUAAGUGGUUCAGGACUUUGUCAAGUAAAACAAGGACUUUGCCCCUGCCCUGAGAGUGUAUGGGCAGCCAAUACUGCCUUCAGAUAUCUUCUAAAAGUCAGAUGGUUGUCUAUCUCCUUGACAUCUGAUGGGAGGGCAUUCCACAGGGCGGGUGCCACUACCGAGAAGGCCCUCUGCCUGGUUCCCUGCAACCUCACUUCUCGCAGGGAGGGAACUGCCAGAAGGCCCUCGGAGCUGGACCUCAGAGUCUGGGCUGAACGAGGGCGUGGAGAGGUAUACUGGGCUGAGGCCGUUUGGGGCUUUAAAGGUCAGCACCAACACUUUGAAUUGUGCUUGGAAACGUACUGGGAGCCAAUGUAGGUCUUUCAGGACUGGUGUUCUGUGGUCUCAGUGGCCAUUCCCAGUCACCCUGUGCCCCUAUCAGCAGUCCAGCUGCCUUCCAUCCGCUUUGGCUAGUAGCCCAGUUACAUCCCUGUCUGGCCAGGGACCGCCUAACUCCUUUUGUCUAUGCUCUGGUAACCUCUAGAUUAGAUUACUGCAAUGUGUUAUACAUUGAGCUGCCUCUGAAGAUGGUUUGGAAACUUCAGCUGAAGUGCAGAAUUCAGCAGCCAGGUUGCUCACUGGGACAAAACUGUUGACCAUAUAAUGCUGAUCCUGGACUGACUGCAGGCACAAUUCAAAGCGCAGGUUUUGACCUAUAAAUGGCUCAGGACCACAAUACCUCCAGGACCGCCACUCGCCAUAUAAACUGAUCCAGACCCUGAGAUCAUCCUCUGAGGCCCUUCUUUGUGUGCCUCUUCCACAAGACAUCCAGAGGGUGGCAACACGAGAACGGGCCUUUUCUGCAGUGGCCCCCCAUUUGUGGGAUGCUCUCCCCAGAGAAGCUCACCAGGCACCUUCAUUAGACACCUAUAGGCACCAGGCGAAAGCAUUCCUGGGUUGAUUAACAGCCUUAGGCCCUUUUAAAUGUGUUUGUGGAGAGGGAGGUAUUGUUUUGUUGUUGCCUUUAUUAUAUAUUUUGUGGCUUUAUUCUGUAUUUUUAUCUUGUGAACCGCCUUGCGAUCUUCAGGUGAAGGGCAGUAUACAAAUUUAACAAAAACAACAACAACAUUAUUCUGCCCCAGGCCCCAGGCCAGCCCCGCAUAGAGUGCAGUUCAGUAAUCCAGCCUUUAGGUUGCUAAUGCAUGGACUAUAGUGGUCAUUCCCUGACCCGUGUUCCUUUUGCACAGAGACGGGCCUCUCUGUCUGGUGCAAAGGUCUGUGGUAGCAUUGCCGGAUCUGGCAUGGGGGACUGAGCUGGCAUCUGUGCCUGAUGUGGGGGCCUGUCCCUGGGUCUGCUUCUCUUCAGAUGGGCCUGUUGUUGCUGCUGCUGAGAAGCUGUUUUAGGUUAGGGGGUUAUCUGUCAGCCUGCCGUGGAGGAGAAGCUUUGCAGUCAAAGGCUGGAGCUCCUUGGUGAGGCAUUGAAGGGCUUUCAGCUGGUUGCUGGAGGGGACAGCAAGAGGUGCUCUGCCCUCUCUUGCAGGAGGCUGCUCCUAGAAUCCUAGAGUUGGAAGGAAGAGACCCCAAGGGCCAUCCAGUCCAACCCCCUGCCAAGCAGGAAACACCAUCCAAGCAUUCCUGGCAGAUGGCUGUCAAGCCUCCGCUUAAAGACCUCCAAAGGAGGAGACUCCACCACACUCCUUGGCUCCUCUUGGUUCUCUGCCUUUUUCUCUUUGUCAGAUGUGUCUUGUUGUCUAAGAAAUGCCUGAUGUAAAUCACCAAUAAGUACAAUAUUAUAUAUCUGGGUCUGAACAAAGGCAACGGCCUCCUGUCGCAAUGAAGCUGCCAGUUAACUCAGGAACACCAAGUCCAUUUCUGGAUCACCUGUCAUGGUGCUGAAGGCCCCUUCAUUAUUUUGCAGACCUUCUAGUUCUAACGGAAUUGUCCUUGCCUGGACUUUGCACACUUCAUUUCUCUCGAAUCUUACUGCUUACAACCCUCCCUUCCGAUGGGUAAGGGAGGGUUUCUGCAUCUGAUGAAGUGGACUCGAGACCACAAAAGCUUAUUAUGCCAUAAUAAAUUGGCUAGCCUUUAAGGUCACACAAGACUCUUGGGUUGUUUCUGGUUCCUAGGAAUCUCAGCCACAGAAGACUUAACUCUUGGUGGGCUCAGCCCUCAGUUGUUGCCAGGCCUCCUCCUCCUCUUCUUCCUCUGCCUCCUCCAUCAUAAAUUUGCUUAAAUUCUCUUGUAAAGCCACCUCUAAGCUAGUCAUUUCCACCCCUCUAGCAUUCCUUAUGCCCAGACCACACUGCUUAAUAUAUUCUCAACAGGGCUUUUUUUUCAGCUGGAACUCACCAGAACUCAGUUCUGGACCCUCUCAGGUGGGUACCAUUGCUGCCAUAAGAGAAAAAGGGAUGUGUUCAUGGUGAGUUCUGGCACCUCUUUUUCGAGAAAAAUAGCCCUGCUUGUUCCUACCCUGUUUCUAUUUUCCACCCUUCCUCUUAUCCCACGACUGUGAAGGUCACUCAGGACCCUCGGGGGAGGGGCUUUGUCAAAAGCUUUUGGGAUAGUCCAGGUCUGCAGGGUCUUAUCAGAUCACCUCUGCCAACUUGCUUGCUGACACUCUUGAAGAUCUCCAAAGGGUUGGCAAAGAAGGAUUGGCCUUUGCUGCAGCAAGGCUGCCAUUUCCGAAGCGAAGCUUGUCCUUCUGUAUGGUGGACAGCCUUUCAUCAAGCGGUCAGUUUUUCUGUGAUGGGAGUCAGCCUGACUUUGAGGCCAGCCAGUCCUUGAGCUGAACUUGAAUUCCUCUCCCUGCCCGGAAAUCUGGAAGGCAUGCCUGGGCAGGCUCUGCCAGGGCUCAUCCCAGGCUGCCGGUUCUGGUGCAACCUAAUUUCCUGAUCUCAUUUCCCUCCCAUCUGUUUUUGCCUUUGGAAGUGAUAAUGAUUCCCUGCUCCCCCCCUUCAAGGGUGCCAGUUGCUCUCCCCCCAUAACCAGAUCCACUUGAGACAAAGGUGAGGGAGGGUCUGGCGCCCUGAUGGAGCAGAGGGGGCUGAGCCCUGGCGCCCCUUCUCACUUGGCUGGUGUGACAGCGUUGGUGUGCUGCAUCAGCGAGGCAUAGCGUGCAUUCCAGGCAGUGUGGUAGUCGUGCCAAUGCGCCGUGUGUGCCCUGGAGGUUGGUCUGCCGCCUGCCUGCUCCUCCAAGGCCAUAGCUGGGGUUUGUGCGAAAGCGAAGUCAUCUACAUCUGUGGGCCGCUGGAGAUGCUGCACCAGAUCCUGCGCCUGGCGCAUUACGAGAGCAUGACCCUCGGAGACUACGUCUUCUUCUACGUGGACGUCUUUGGAGAGAGCCUGCGAGCCGAGGGCAACCGGGAGGCGGGCAAGCCCUGGCAGAGCAAGGAGGGCCAGGACCCAGGAGGCCUCCAGGAGGCCUUCCGAACGGUGCUGGUGAUCACCUACCAUGAGCCCCAGAACCCAGAAUACCAGAGUUUCCAGAGCCAGCUGAUCCUUCGUGCCCGGAGGGAGUCCAACGUGGAGCUCAAUGACUCGCUGAAGAACCUUGUGGCCGGCUGCUUCCACGAUGGGCUCCUCCUCUACGCCAUGGCCCUGAACGAGACGCUGCAAGAGGGGGGCACCAAGCGCAACACCAGCCGCAUCCUGGAGAAGAUGAAAGGGCGCAAGUUCCAGGGGGUCACUGGGACAGUCAGCAUGGAUGACAACAAUGACCGUGACACAGACUUCAACCUGUGGGCCAUGGCCGAUGUGGAGAGUGGCAAAUUCCAGGUAGUGGGGCACUAUGUGGGAGCAGAGAAGCAGAUGAACUGGCUGGGAGCCAUCCCCUGGGUGAAGGGGGCACCGCCGCUGGACAACCCUCCCUGCUUUGACAUGGACGACCCCUCCUGUGACAAAAGUCCCCUCAACACUCUGGCCAUUGUGGCGCUGGGCGCGGGACUCACCUUCCUCAUGUUUGGCGUCUCCAGCUUCCUGAUCUUCAGAAAGCUGAUGCUGGAGAAGGAGCUGGCCAGCAUGCUGUGGCGGAUCCGCUGGGACGAGCUCCAGUUCGGGAGCUCAGAGCGCUACUACAAGGGGGCUGGGAGUCGCCUCACUCUUUCCCUGCGUGGGUCCAGUUACGGCUCCCUGAUGACAGCACAUGGCAAAUACCAGAUUUUUGCCAACACAGGGCUCUUCAAGGGGAACGUCGUGGCCAUCAAGCACGUCAACAAGAAGAGGAUAGAGCUGACCCGCCAGGUCCUCUUCGAGCUGAAACAUAUGCGGGACGUGCAGUUCAACCACUUGACGCGUUUCAUCGGGGCCUGCAUUGACCCGCCCAACAUCUGCAUUGUGACUGAGUAUUGCCCCCGGGGCAGCUUACAAGACGUCCUGGAGAACGAGAGCAUCAACCUGGACUGGAUGUUCCGCUAUUCACUCAUCAAUGACAUUGUCAAGGGCAUGGCUUUCCUGCACAACAGCAUCAUUGGCUACCACGGGAGUCUCAAGUCGUCCAACUGCGUGGUGGACAGUCGCUUCGUUCUCAAGAUCACGGAUUAUGGCCUGGCUAGUUUCCGGCAGAGCAGUGAGAGCGAGGGCAACCAUGCCCUGUAUGCCAAGAAGCUGUGGACGGCCCCAGAGCUGCUGCAAAAGGGGCCUCUGGUCCUCUCCCCACUGGCCAUGCAGAAGGCCGACGUCUACAGCUUUGGGAUCAUCCUCCAGGAGAUUGCGCUGCGCAACGGAGCCUUCUACAUCGAGGGCAUGGACCUCAGCCCUAAGGAGAUCGUGCAGAAGGUGCGCAACAGCCAGAAGCCCUACUUCCGCCCCACGGUGGACCUACGGCUGCACAGCGAGGAGCUGGCCCUCUUGAUGGAGCGCUGCUGGGCGCAGGAUCUGACCGAGCGGCCCGACUUCGCUCAGAUCAAGAUCUUCAUCCGGAGGUUCAACAAGGAAGGGAGCGCCAGCAUCCUGGACAACCUGCUCUCGCGCAUGGAACAGUACGCCAACAACCUGGAGAAGCUGGUGGAGGAGCGCACCCAGGCCUACCUGGAGGAGAAGCGCAAGGCCGAGAACCUGCUCUACCAGAUCCUCCCCCACUCGGUGGCUGAGCAGCUCAAACGUGGCGAGACGGUCCAGGCCGAAGCUUUUGACUGCGUCACCAUCUACUUCAGUGACAUCGUGGGCUUCACCUCCCUGUCGGCUGAGAGCACCCCGAUGCAGGUGGUGACCCUCCUCAACGACCUCUAUACCUGCUUUGACGCCAUCAUUGAUAACUUUGAUGUCUACAAGGUGGAGACUAUUGGCGAUGCCUACAUGGUGGUCUCGGGGCUGCCGGUCCGGAACGGGAAGCUGCACGCCCACGAGAUCGUCCGCAUGGCGCUAGCUCUCCUCGAGGCCGUCAAGACGUUUCGCAUCCGGCACCGGCCCAACGAGCAGCUGCGCCUUCGCGUUGGCAUCCAUUCGGGGCCUGUGUGUGCAGGUGUGGUGGGCCUGAAGAUGCCCCGCUACUGCCUUUUUGGGGACACCGUCAACACAGCGUCACGCAUGGAGUCCAGCGGCGAGGCCUUGAAGAUUCAUGUCUCCAGCACCACCAAGGAGAAUCUGGACGAGUUUGGCUGCUUUGAGCUGGAGCUGAGGGGGGAUGUGGAGAUGAAGGGGAAGGGCAAGCUGCGCACCUAUUGGCUGCUGGGCGAGAAGAACGUUGUCAUCUGAUGUGGCUCCUCCCCCUCCUGUGACUCCUCCCACUUAUGGGUACCGGGCAGCAGGCUCCUCCCACCGCCAAGAGCCACCGAAACUCCCCUUUGCCUUGGAGCAAUAAGGCCCCCCACCCCAGCCAUGAGAGAGACAGGCGGGCGGACGGAGAGAGAACAAAGCACUUGGAGCACUAACGUCCACCGGCAAUGAGAGGAAAGCGAGAGAGAGAGAGAGAGAGAGGAAGAAGAUGGGGCAGGAUGAGGGCCCCCCCCCUCAGCUCUGGCCUGGCCUGCACAGAAUGUGCCCAGGGCCGGGUCUUGCCACCUCCUUCAUCCCUUGCCCCCGCCCAGACCAAGAUGUGCCAGCAAGGAGGCCCCAAGGAGAGGCAGCGCUCGGAGCAUGAGUCAUCCCAGGCCGCUUGUGCUCCCCACGCCCAGCCUGGGGGCUGGCUGGUUCCUGACCCCCCCCCCACUGCAGGUGGGAUCCUGCGCCACAACUCAGCUGGCUGAGGCAACCCAGAGCGCCGCUGUUCCUCCCCCCCCUCCCUCCAGGUGUAAAUAUAGUGCAAAAUAUUUUGUCGAAAUACAGACUUUUAAACCUGGGGCAGCCUUUGCGAUUUGUCUGGGGCAGAGCAGGGUGCUGGUGGAGGUCGGAAGGGGGGGCAGCCCUUCUCCUGGCCCUGGGAGCCUGACUCUGCUGCCAGAUUCAAAACGGAGAAAGAGACUUUGCCUGUCCAGGAGCUCCUCAAAUCCUGCAACACCCCCCCCCCCAGCCGGGGAGCUCCAGAAAAAAAAAAAGAUGGA